AUGGUUCCAAAAAUUAAAAUAACACUUUUGGUUUGUGCUUUUGCUGCAGUACUUAGUGAAGUUCACAGUGCACCAAAUCAACUUAAAAAGGACACAUCAACACACCAAGGAAAUGUAGCUCCUUUACCAGCCACAUAUCUUCCACCUCCUACCACGGUAAAACAAUCGAUUGAAGCCGAACGAUUAGUGCCAAGUGGACACACUAAGGCACACGAAAAUCCACAGCAUCAACCAUCACGUACGAAACGAGCCAUCAUCUUCCGGCCAUUGUUCGUUUAUCGACAGCAGGAGAUUAAGAAGCAAAAACUAAAAGCUAUGCGCGAACAACAGCAGCAACAGCAGUGGCAGCAGCAGAAUCAACAGCAACAAUCGGCGGCCUGUGCUGCUUGCCAGCAACAGUCGCACCACCCUACCUCCAGAAAGCCUGUUCGAUACUAUGCCCAGCAGUAUCCGUACCAGCGAUGGUAG